AUGGUGGGUGUAGAUGUAUGUGAGGCCAUCAAAAAAAAUUUUACUACUGGUCAUCUCCUCAAGGAAUGGAAUCACACCAAUUUAGUGCUAAUUCCAAAGGUCCAGAAUCCUGAGACACUUUCUCAGUUUCGGCCCAUCAGCUUGUGCAAUUUCAAACUCAAAAUUGUGUCUAAAAUAGUUGCCAAUAGACUCAAACUAGUGCUUCAAACUAUCAUUUCGCCUCAACAGUCGGCUUUCGUUCCUGGCAGAUUGAUUCAAGACAAUAUCAUUGUGGCCCAUGAAGUGUUUCAUCACUUGAAGCUGAAGAAGAGAAGUGUUAUGCAUGAAAUGGCAGUCAAAAUUGAUUUUAAUAAAGCCUAUGAUCAUGUUCAAUGGGACUUUUUGCGAGCUUUAUUGGGGAAGAUGGGUUUUCCUACUGUUUGGAUCCAAUGGGUUAUGGAGUUAGUGUCCACGGCAAAUAGGCGGGACUGUCAGGCUCUUAAGGUAAUUUUGGAUGUGUACAACUUUGCCUCUGGUCAGUUGAUUAAUUUUGAGAAAUCCGGUAUCAUAUUUUCAGCAAAUACUCCUGAAGGUGUGAAGUUCGAAAUCACUGCUUUGCUGGGGAUGUCUCCAAGUAUCCGAGGGACAAGAUACCUGGGCCUUCUAAUGUUUUGGGGUAGAUCGAAGUCAAAAGCCUUUGGGUGUUUGAUUGAAAAAGCAGUCACCAAGAUAAUGGAAUGGAAGCAGAAUUUGUUAUCGCAAGCAGGGCGAGAAGUCUUGAUUAAAUCGGUGAUUCAAGCGAUACCGGCCUAUGCUAUGGCCUGUUUUGCUUUUCUGAAGAAAUUCUGUAAGAGCCUCAACUCCUAUAUCAACAACUUCUGGUGGGGGAGUGAUCCACUGGAUAGAGGUUUUCACUAG